CGCGCAAAAAAUAUCUCAUAUUCAUUUGGAUAUUAUCUACUAUCGUCUGCUAUGGUUAUCUGCUAAUACUUGUUGGAAUCACAUUACAUGAUUUGACAAAAUUGCUUGCGUACAAUUGUCGGUGAUUAUCAAAUCGUGAUAUUAAAGUGUGACGAAAGCAAUAUAUCGUACCGUAUUAAAGGGAAAGAAAUAUAUUUUAAAAUAUUUUGUAAUAUCAAUCAUGGCAAAGCGGAUUGUAAUAUUCGGAGCUACGGGAAAUACCGGUCUUUGUGUUUUAAAUCAUGCUGUGGAAAAGGUAGAGAAAUGAAUUAUCUUAGGUAUGGAUGUAAGAGUUUUUGUGAGAGAUAAUACCAAGAUACCAGAAAACAUUAGAAACAAAGUGGAUGUAAUUGUUGGAGAUGUUACCAACGAUAAAGAUGUUUCGAAAGCUGUAGCUGGUAGAGAUGCUGUUGUUGUUGCACUUGGCACUAGAAACGAUCUUAAACCAACUACUGUACUAUCGGAAGGUAUGAAAAAUAUAAUAGAGGCUAUGAGGAAGCACAAUAUUGAAUUGGUUUCUGUUUGUUUAUCAGCAUUUUUAUUCUAUAAGCCUGAUGCCGUACCAGCUAUAUUCAAAGAUCUGAAUGCUGAUCAUCAGCGUAUGUUUGAUCUUCUGAAAGAAAGUGGAUUAAAAUGGAUUGCCAUAUUACCACCACAUAUUUCUAGUACAGAAAAUUUAGAAUAUAUUAUAAAACAUGAUGAAUCCCCAGGUCGUGCCAUUUCAAAAUACGCCUUGGGUGCAUUUCUUAUUGAUUGUCUUGAACAAUCUAAUCAUUAUCAAAAAGUAUGUGGUAUUGCAACUGGCUCAUAAUCAUGAAUUAUGGUUUCAAAAAAAAUUAUAUGACCAUUAUUAGUAUUGUAAUCUAUUUGUACAUUACUCACACAAGUUAGUCUUUUAAAGAAAUAAUGAGAUGCACAAUAAAAUCAAUUGAUAAAAUUAU